AUGUCGCUGAUCCCCCGCGGCACCGGGUUCGACCCCUUCUCCCUCGGCUUCUCGGACCCCUUCGACGGCUUCCCCUUCGGCAGCCUGGUCCCGCGCGCCUCCUCCUCCUCCGAGACGGCGGCCUUUGCGGGCGCGCGCAUCGACUGGAAGGAGACCCCCGAGGCACACGUGUUCAAGGCGGACGUGCCGGGGCUGAAGAAGGAGGAGGUCAAGGUGGAGGUGCAGGACGGCAACGUGCUCCAGAUCAGCGGCGAGCGGAGCAAGGACCAGGAGGAGAAGACGGACACCUGGCACCGGGUGGAGCGCAGCAGCGGCAAGUUCAUGCGCAGGUUCAGGCUCCCCGACAACGCCAAGGUGGACCAGGUCAAGGCCGCCAUGGAGAACGGCGUGCUCACCGUCACCGUGCCCAAGGAGGAGGCCAAGAAGCCCGACGUCAAGUCCAUCCAGAUCUCCGGCUAGAUGUUCGUGUGCGCGCGCCCGCGUCAUGGAGAUGGCAUCAGUAGAGAGUAGGACAGAGUCUUCUUAGCAAAGUCGUCUGCUUAAUAAAU